AUGGAGAAUAAACGCGCUUCUGGUAUGAUAACUGGUCUCAUCUUGGAAAGCUAUUCACACUUCUUAACGCUGAAACUUCGAGAUUGGGAAUUCCUCUAUCUGCGACUGUGGCAUCUCGAUGAAGAAGACUAUAAUGAGUGGGUGAUAGAUGGAAAGGUUAGACAGAGUUACAAAUGUGGUGAAGUGUACACUUAUCUUAAAGGUCCUCAGCCACCGGUUCCUUGGGCGAAACUGGUAUGGUUCUGUUACGGAAUUCCACGCCAUAGCUUCUUGACUUGGUUUAUCUUACUUGAUAGAUGCCCUACAAGAGACAGAUUAAUCAGAUGGGGAUUAAAUGUCGCACCAAACUGCUUGCUCUGUAACACAGAUGCACAAUUGAAAGUUUUGGGGCUGAUUCGGGUGGACCUUUCUGUGAAUUCAAUAGUUUUGGGGUCAAAGAGUAAAAACUCAAAACCUGAAGGGCCAGAUGUGCAAAAACGCCAAAUUCCACCAUUGUUGCUCGAUUCUUCUUCUCGCCGGCUCUGGUUGCUGACGACGGCGAGCCUGUUUGGUUGUGAGCACGACACGGAUGGAUCAGAGCACGCCGGAGUGAAGACGGGGUUUGUGGUGGCGCAAGCGGCGGAGAUGGAGACAUUGAAGCCAUGGAGGUUGAGCAGAGAUUGGUCGUGGCUGAAGCUUGAUUCCGGAGAUGAAGUACUCGUGAAAUCUUGGUCCGGUGGUCCCAGCUUGGAGGAAACGGUGGCGCAGUCACGGAUAUGCACACCAUGACGAAGAUGAACGAGCUCAGCCUUGAUUCGGAGAUGAACCGGUGACGAAGGAUGAAGACGAGUGAAACUUAGACGAGCAACCGUAGGCAACCUUUGCGGGAUAGUAUUGGCAGCUGCAAGGUGUCGACGCGAAAUGCCAGGAGA